AUGAAUAAAGAGGUGCGAGAUCUUCAGGAGAAGUAUGAGAAGAUGGCUUUUCUAAUUGGAAAUGGUGAAAAUCAAUCCCUAGCUAAAGAUCUUAUGCAAUAUACCAAUCUGCCUUUCACUGACCGAGUAAUGAGAUUUCCUCUUCCUGACAAAUUCAAAAUGCCUUGGGUCAAUAAGUAUGACGGAAGCACAGAUCCUUAUGAUCAUAUGGUGAGUUUCCGAGCUCACAUUAUUCUUCAUGAUACUCCAGACGAGAUAGCUUGCCGAGCUUUCCCACUAACUUUGGAAGGUAUUGCCAAAGAAUGGUUUGGAGGUCUGAGUCCUAAAUCUGUUGACAACUUCGAUUUUCUCAGACAACAAUUUCUGGGUCAAUUCAUUGCUGUUCAGAAAAGAAAGAAAAACCCAGUUUAUUUACUGUCUAUCAUCCAAGGGAAAACCGAGUCUUUAAAAGAUAAUAUGUUACGUUUUAAUCGGGAGAAGUUGAUGGCCGAAACCCCGGAUGAACAAAUUUUCACGAACAAAGCUGAAGAAUUCAUUAACCAAGAAGAAACUAUCUCAGCUUUGACGAAGUCCAAACCCGAGGAGAGUAAGCAUGUCGCUGACUCGGUUAGAAUAACACCAAAGGCUUUGGUGGAGAAAAAGAAGACAAGAGAUCAUCAGAAGGUGAUAAUCCCAAAAAAGAAGAUUGAGUUACCGCCCAAGCAGAAUCAACAGCAACAGUAUGUAGGGUGGACACCUCUGAACACAACUGUUUACAAGGUAUUCAUGGAGGUUAGGAAGGAUCCGAGCUUCCGAUGGCCUGGAAAAAUGAAAGCUCUUCCCCAAAAUUGGACCACUCAUAAGCUUUGUGAAUAUCAUAACGAUCACAGGCAUUAUACCGAAGAUUGUAUAAGCCUUCGGUUUGAAAUUGAAAAGUUUCUCAGAAAUGGGAAGUUGUUGAAGUUUGUAGCCGAAGAGAAAGGUCGAGAGAAAAAUCCUCAAAACGAGCAGAGUCAUCGUUCAUCACAGAACUUGGAGCCGAACAAUAAUAAUUUUCGCAAUCAGAGACAAAAGCGUGAUGAACCGAGGCCCUCCAAAGCCCAGAAACUAGAAUCGGGCGUUCUAUCAUUUUCGGAGGAGGAUGUGAAAGAAGUUUCAAAGCCACAUGACGAUGCAUUGGUGAUAACUCUAACAGUGGCUAAUCAUGCUAUUCACCGAGUUCUUGUGGACAAUGGAAGUUUGGCUGAUAUUCUCUACUGGACAGUUGUUCAAAAACUAGGCGUUGGCCGAGGGAAGUUAAAGCCUUUCUUAUCACCAUUAAUCGGGUUUGCAGGGGAGCGUGUUCAACCCAUCGGAAUGAUUUAUCUUCCAGUAACAGCAGGAACCGCUCCUAAACAGUCCACAAUCAUGGUGGAUUUUUUGGUGAUUGACCAACCAUCGGCGUAUAAUGUAAUCAUCGGUCGCCGAACUUUGAACCAACUGAAGGCUGCAACUUCUACUUAUUAUUUGAAGAUGAAAUUUUCGACGACCGAAGGCGUCGGAGAGGUUAAAGGUGAUCAAGUUGUCGCCAGAAAGUGUUAUAAUACAUCUUUGAAGAGGUGCCCAGAAUUAGCACUAUUGACAAUCGAAGCCAAGGAAGUUCUCAUCCGCUUCCUUCAGGAAAAUUUGGAAGUUUUUGCAUGGUCUCCCAAGGACAUGCCGGGGAUCGAUCCUAAGGAUAUUGUUCAUCAUUUGAAUAUUAAUCUAGAGAUCAAGCCUGUGAAACAAAAGCGAAGGAAGUUUGCACUUGAGAGAAACAUGGCAAUUGCCAAAGAGAUCUUCAUGCACCCAUUUGAUCAAGAUAAAACGGCGUUUAUCACUGACCGAGGCUUGUAUUGCUACAAAGUCAUGCCUUUCGGUCUGAAAAAUGCCGAAGCUACCUACCAAAGGCUAGUAAACAAGAUGUUUCAGGAGCAGAUUGGGAAGAAUAUGAAAGUUUAUGUCGAUGACAUGUUGGUCAAGAGCAGGCUGUAG